UCCGCAGCGCCAGACGCACCGAGAGACGGUGGAGUGAGAGGAACCGUGCGUAAAAACGCUCUCAGUGUGCAUGUGUCGGUGUUGGAGAGUUGGAGAGUGCGCGCUGACAGACAGGAGCGUCUCCAGAUGAGGAGGAAGAUCCAGCGGAGAUCUUCUUCACUUUUAUUGACCUCUAAUCCACGCUCUUCUUUUUUCCUGGCUGGCUCAGCGGAAGAAGAAAAUAAACAUUAAGAAGAAGAAGAAGAAGAAGAAGAAGAAGAAGAAGAAGAAGAAGAAGAAGAAGAAGAAGAAGAAGAAGAAGAAGAAGAAGAAGAAGAAGAAGAAGGGUGCGAUUCAGAGUAAUUUUUAGUAUUUUUAGCAUCCCUCUUUUCCCCCUCUCCCCGUCCCUUCUGAGUGCGGAGUGGCGGAGGGAGGGACGGGAGAACCGGGCGGACACUCUGCGCGCCUCCCCGGUGGAUGAGCCCCUGGAUGCGGGACGAUGGAUUAACAGCCCUCCCCGGAGCCCGCAGCUGCUUCUUUUUUCCCCGCCGACCCCCUGUCCUUCUCGGGAUUAUUUCAGCCCUCUGUGACCCCCCCGACCUCCCUCUCGAGAUGAGCGAGGAGUGUGUGUUGCGCUGCGUCCUGAUGCUCUGCUGCGCGCUGCUGUCCGCCAACGCGAGCAACUGGCUGUACCUGGCCAAGUUGUCGUCAGUGGGAAGCAUCCGGGAUGAGGAGACGUGCGAGAGGUUACGAGGUCUCAUCCAGAGACAGGUGCAGAUCUGUAAGCGCAGUGUGGAGGUGAUGGAUGCCGUGCGUCGUGGAGCUCAGCUGGCGAUCGACGAGUGUCAGUUCCAGUUUAGAAACCGGCGAUGGAACUGCUCCACGCUGGAGACCAUGCCUGUGUUUGGAAAAAUUGUCACGCAGGGCACCCGUGAGGCAGCCUUUGUGUACGCCAUCUCAGCAGCCAGUGUGGCGUUUGCGGUCACGAGGGCCUGCAGCAGCGGAGAGCUGGAAAAAUGUGGCUGUGACCACAAUGUUCAUGGAGUCAGUCCAGAGGGGUUCCAGUGGUCGGGCUGCAGUGAUAACAUUGCAUACGGAGUGGCCUUCUCCCAGUCCUUUGUGGAUGUGAGGGAGAGGAGUAAAGGCCAGUCGUCCAAUCGGGCACUCAUGAACCUGCACAACAACGAGGCCGGCAGGAAGGCCAUCCUGUCCCACAUGCGUGUGGAGUGCAAAUGUCACGGUGUGUCCGGCUCCUGCGAGGUGAAAACCUGCUGGAAAGCCAUGCCGCCUUUCCGCAAAGUGGGCAACGUCAUCAAGGAGAAGUUUGACGGUGCCACUGAGGUGGAGCAGCGUAAAGCGGGCACCACUAAAGUCCUCAUGCCUCGAAACUCCCAGUUCAAACCGCACACGGACGAAGAUCUGGUCUACCUUGAGCCCAGUCCGGAUUUCUGCGACCACGACCCCAAAAUGCCGGGAAUGUUUGGCACGGUUGGACGUCAGUGUAACCGAACAUCAAAGGCUAUAGACGGGUGCGAGCUGAUGUGCUGCGGACGAGGUUUCCAGACUCAGGAAGUGGAGGUGGUGGACAGGUGCAGCUGCAAAUUCCACUGGUGCUGCUACGUCAAAUGCAAACAGUGCCGCAAAAUGGUGGAGAUGCACACUUGCCGGUGAUGGGAGUCGGGGGCAAAGAGGACUUAUGGACAAAUCAAACGCCCCACACUCUAAGGAAAGAAAGGGAACAAGAAUGACUGUUGAAUGUCCCUCUUCUCCUGCUUGAAACCACCCCACCCUCCCACUACUGGUCCCUUUGUGCUCGUCCUGUUCGUGUUAUUCCACCUUAAUGGAUAUCAGUAGAUUAUGCAUGGGAUCUGCUACAGAGCUCCAGAGGCAGUUCUUCUCAAGUAGAAAGCAUCUUUUACUUUCUGUCUCCCUCCAUCCCUCACUCUUACAUUUGCUUUGUCAUUGAUUGCUUCUUAUUUUUGUAUUGUUUAACUUAUUUGUUGAGACUGAGGAGAUUGACGGGGAGUGGACCUAAGAAGGAGGAGAUAAUAAGGGACGAACUGGACCCAUGGGUGGGGUAAAAGGGUUGGGUUGGGGUCAAAAAGAGGGUUGUUUGCCCUUUAUCCUUGCUGCUGCUGCUGCUUCGGGACUCACUUUGUCAAAAAGGAGACGUAAAGUCUGUCAGAGGACGGAUCUGACCAACAGAGGACAAACUAUCGCAGACGGACUUUCUGUGAUUUGCUUCUUGUGUGUACAUGUUCCGCGCUGAGGUUCGGUUGCUUGUGAGUCAUUUAUUUUGCCCCCUGCAAUGCCCUGAUGCUGCUCCACUCACACACACACACACACACACACACACACACACACACACAGCAAACAUUACUCCAAAUCAACACCUGUAUUCAUCCACAGCUGCAACCAGAAACCUUCUAUCAUAAACAUUUUCCAGGUCAGAUUUGAAACGAUACGGCCCCAUUUCAGAACAUGAUUUUUGGACAUUUUAGCUUGUUCCGAUUGAUGUUGAUCUUGGCCUCCUCCUGCACCUUGCCGUAUGCCAAAUGCUAGUUUGCAACAGAAUCAUGCAUGCACACGCAAACACACUCAAUGUAAACACACACAGAUACACAAAGGGCUUGCCAAGCAUGUUAAAGCAUGCAUGAUGACUGAAGCACUUUCUCUCCAAGCGCACAUAGAGCCCUCACCCCACAGCAACCAAUAACUGACCACAUAUCCAACUAUACCUGUUCCUCUCAUACACACACACACAUGCACUCACACACACACACACACACAUGCACUCACACACACAAACACCUUUCCCAUGCCACUGUCAGGACUGUAUUGUUGUCUUGUACUACCACCAUAAAGCCAAGCUUUCCUAUAAUAACGUGCUAUCAUUAUAGAGACAUACUGUAGAUCUGUAAAGACUUAUACACUGAAGAAGACUAUACUGCCUAUGAAUGUAUGUUAAUAAUGAAUAUAUGCUGUGUCAAAAUGA